ACAGAACUCUUUUUCACUGGCUUGCUUUGUGUUUUUUUUUCCAGGGCGCUUCACCUCAGCUUGCUUCAAGGCAGGGCAGGGCACCGAGAAGCUUUCUGAAGUAUUUCUUCAGCUCUCUUGUCCAGAACGUCUAUUAGUCAACAGUCGGACGGUCGGGAGUGCGGAAGACUGAGAGAGUUCGAUAUUGCCGGCAAUGGCUUGGAUUAACCCGAGACAAUUCUUUUAUUUCUUCAUUUUGAUGGUGUGUUCUCAAACUGGACAAUGCUGCAAGAAAAUGUUUGCAAAACACCAGUUUGAGGCCAUAGUUCCUCCAAAGCUGUUAAAGGGGAAUGUUGUACUUAAAGUGGAAUUUUACCAUUGUAAUUUGGGAGACCACAUCAGGAUGCGUACCAAUGAUGUCAAUUUUGGAAUCCAUUCUGAUGGCAGGGUAUAUGCAACCCGUACCCAACACAUCAAAUCGAAGUAUUACUUCCAAGUUGUGGCAAAGGACUUAAAGACGCAUGAGAAAUGGGAAGUUCCUAUCCAGUUAGUGUCCUUUGCAAACCAAUCAAAGACGGUUUUGAAAACUGAGCAUCCCAGAAUCUAUUUCCGAAAGGCUAACCAUUUCAGACGACAGAAGAGAGAAUGGAUCAUUCCACCACUCGACGUGAGGGAGCAUGAGCCACCGCCGAACCACCCUAUUGGUUCUAUUGCCUCUGACAUUGAUCGUGUUGGAAAAUUGACCUACACAAUCAGCGGCCCAGGGGCAGACAGGCCUCCAGUCGGCUUGUUUGUGAUUGAUCAUCAAAAUGGCGAUUUAAAUAUCACAGGAGAAGUGGAUCGUGAAAAAACUCCAAAGUUUACGUUGACAGGACAAGCCUGGAAUUCUCGUGGUCAAUCUGUUGAGAGUCCUCUUGUACUUGAGAUCAAAGUUGUAGAUAUUAAUGAUAAUCGUCCGGAAUUCGUAACAGAAGUGUUUGAAGGAAGUGUUGAAGAAUUAUCCCAAUUUGGUACACCGGUAUUGUCAUUAAAUGCAACAGAUAAAGACGAAGGAGAGAAUGCUGUAAUUCACUACAGAAUUUUGUAUCAGGGGGGCAAAGAGAUGUUCGCUUCAAACUCCUUUGGAGAAAUUAGAACACUGACAAAUAACUUGGACAGAGAGACCCAAGACUUGUACACUCUUCUUGUGGAAGCCCGUGACCUAAAUGGAAAAGCAGAAGGAUUGUUCACUACAGCAAAUGCCCAAAUCCAGAUCCUGGAUGUCAAUGAUAAUAUUCCUACAACUGAAAAAGAAGAGUAUGAGGUAUCUGUUCUAGAGAAUACGUUGAGUGAUGAUGUCAUACGGAUCAAAGUGUUCGAUAAGGAUCAAGAAUUUACUGACAACUGGCUGGGGAACUUUGAAAUUAUUGAGGGGAAUGAGGACGGACACUUCAGGUUCGAAAUGGAUGAGCAAACUAAUGAAGGAAUUUUGAUACUUCAGAAGGAACUGGACUACGAGGAAUCAUCAACCAGAAACUUGCUCCUGACGGUUUCCAACAAAGCAGCUUACCAUGCUUCAGUCCUUGCUGGCGGAGGUGGCGGGGCUGGCGGAGGUGGCGGGGCUGGCGGAGGUGGUGGGGCUGGCGGAGGUGGCGGGGCUGGUGGAAGCGGGGGACUUAAACCAAUCAAAUUAAAAGUUAAUGUGAAGGAUCAGAAGGAAGGAUUUUCAUUCAAGCCGACUAAGAAACGAAUCAUUGUCGGUGAAGACAAGAAAAAGUUCCAUUUGGGUCAGAAGCUUGGAAGAUACCCAGCCAUCAGUGUGGAUACUGGGAAAGAGAGUGAGGGAGUCAGGUAUGCAAAGGGUUUCGACCCAGCCAACUUCUUCAACAUCAACCCCGAAACGUCAGAAAUAACACUUGCUAAGGUGCCCGAUCGUGAAGCUGAGCAUAUAGUCGAUGGGAAGUACACAGCAACAGUAUUGGCCAUAAGUAACAAUGGCCCCAAACCGAAGACCUCCACUGGGACAGUGGUUAUUGAGGUAGAUGACGAAAACGAUAACAUCCCCAUCAUUAAAAACCUACAGCCCUGCAUGUGUGACACAGCCAAAUCAUUGAUUGUCACUGCAGAAGACCUGGACUCCUAUCCAAAUGGUGCUCCCUUUACCUUUAAGUUCGAUGAUGUACCUGAGGUUGCUGAUAAAUGGAAGAUUUUACGCAAAGAUGACACCAGCGUUGAACUGCAGCCUCGGCAGGAGCUGUGGCCAGGAACAUUCACAGUGCCUUUGAAGGUAGAGGACCACCAAGGGUCUGGAAAGGUCCAGGACGUAGAGGUUCAUGUCGUCGAGUGCACCAACAACUCACCCUCCUGCUCCGAAAAGGCGAAUGCUAUCAGAGGCAACAAUGCCCACUUGGGUGCAGCCGCCAUCGGGCUCAUGGCUUUUGGGGCCUUGCUGUUGCUACUUGUACCUCUGCUGUUACUGUUUUGCAACUCUGGUUUUGGAGGAAUAGGUGGAGCUGGUGGUUUCAGACAAAUACCUGUUGAACCAUUUGGAACUGUGGAACAAAAGAACAUCGAGGGCGGAGGAGAGAAGGACACGCACAUGCCAUUGCUUCCAGUCAAUGAACCCAGUACUGCAGCAGCAGGAGUUUGCAUGAGUGAGAUGGAUGGGAGGGAAAGAGGAGAUGGUGCCACGGUACUGCUUCCUCUAAACGUGAUGUCCAGAGAAGUGCCGCCUAUCAAUUACAUGGACAAUGCUGCAAUGCAUCAAAGAGGAGAUUAUUACUAUUCCAACAUGGAUCCAAAUAUGAAUGCGGGUGCGAUGCAUAAUGGCAGGAUUGAAACGAUGUCUGAAGGUGCCCUUUUGGGCUUCAUGGACUCCUACAUCAAUGAGAAAGUUGACACGCAUAAUUUAGAAGACCAGACCUCCCCUGGCCAUGACACUUUAUUGAUCUACAAUUAUGAAGGAGAUGGCUCUCUAGCUGGAUCGAUCGACAGCUGCAACAUCAUCGAGGGUGGAUUUGAAACUGGAGAUUCCUACUUGGACAACCUGGACAUGAAAUUCAAGACACUGGCUGAUAUCUGCACAGACAAAUUGAAGAUCCAAGAAUCAACUGUGUCUGUUGAUGCUCCAGUUCAUCAAGAAAUCGUGAAGGGACAGUCCGUCUCCUCCAGUUCAGUGGGAUUGCAAGCAAUGAAUAUAAUUCCCGAUUCGACUCUAAGGAGGAAGAAUUAUGUUGUGACAACCACAAUAAAUCCUGUGGUAGACAUGGUGCCUCUCACUGCCAAUCAAGCUUUUGACCAUCAAAAUAUUGUAGUGACUAAUCAAGUUAAUACUAUCCCAAGAAGGAUUAGCAUCAUAGAGGAUCCUAACAUUGCCCACCAAAACAUUGUCAUGACCAAGAUGGUGAAUGGUGGAGCUGAAGUGAUUCCAAAUAUGAUCAUUGACCCUUCUGUUGCCCACCAAAAUGUUAUAGUAACUGAGGAGUUCAGCAACAGCCCCAGAGGGAACCCAGCAAUGAUUUUCAACCCGUCUGUCACUCACCAUAAUGCUGUAGUGACCAACGUCAUUGAAGGUGGCGCAGGAGGCAUGCAAGGAAUGAUCCUCCAGCCACACGCAGUCGAGAAGAAUGUAAUGCUGACCAAGUCUAUUCAUAAAGGAGACUCCCAGAGCACACUCUCUGAUUCAUCGUUGGACCACAUCCCCACCAUCCACAAAAAUGUCACACUGAAGAAGUCGGUUAAGUAUGGCAUGGAAGGGAUGCAGAGCAGUACUCUUCCCAAUGAAGAAGUGGUCCAGAAAACCAGGGUGUCCCGCAGAUCCGUUACCUCCUCUGACAAUGACGUCCACACGUCAGUGACGAAGGUAACAAAAGUUGUGCAGGUAAUGCAAUAAUAGGCAAUUCUCCACAUCCAGGUGACGAGUUUCAAAAUACAGAGAAAGUUCUGGGAUUUGAAAAUAUCCGGAUGCGGCUGUUGAUGCACAAUUCUAACAACAGCUAUACUAUUUUCCCAAAGGUGAAAUUAAAAAGCUUCAAAAUGGAAGCUCAAACAAUAUAUUUGGAUUAACACAUUUUAUAUCUACACAAACUAUUAGCCUGUGGAUCAUCAUAUUCAGAAGCUGGACAAGGUGUCGGAUGUGCAAAAAAAAUAAGACCAAUAAUGUCUGAAUUGUUGGAAAAGUUCAAAAGUGAGAAAUUUUCCUUGAAGAUUAAAAAAAUCAUGACUAUGGAUGGGCUGUACGACUCUACAAUUCUAUGAAUACAACUGCACUUCACUGGGAACAUUAAAACAUCAUGUAACUGCUUGCUUUCUAGGUUUGCUUCUGCAUUAUAUGAACCACUUCAAUUCUUAAAGAGAAAUUUCAGUUCUCUUAUUUGCUCAUGUUGAUAUUCACAAAAGCAAGAGUAUAAAUUCCUGAGGGAAAUUUUAAGUAGUUUGUGCCAUGAAAAGAAAACUGUCUUGUGUAUAUUUGUAGAAGAAUUUAGCAGGUUUCAACAAAAUUGUGUUUCUUCCAAAUUAAAUGAAGCAUUCCGGAGUUACUUUUUAAUUAAGUCAGCCCUAGUUAUGUUUAAAAUUGUCACUUUCUGAGGGAGAACUGUAUCCAUUUUUCACGGAUUGAAAAUUCAGGGAUUCAAGGAAAUGGUUAAUGCCGGUUUUCCCAGGUUGAAAGGAAGAAACACUGGAGAUUGAUUAAUUUGGACUUUCACUCAAGAGCUAAGACCCAAAUGAUGGGCCAAAGUGUGUAGUGUAUCACCAUUUAAUUUUGUGAUCAGCAAUUUUGAAAGAGGACUCAAUGGGGGAAAAAAUACUAGUUAAGAAUGUGACAGAGUUCUGGAACUCACUGCCUUAAAGGUUUGUGAAGUCCGAAAUGUUGUCACAUGCGGAAAAGCACUGAAAAUGUUUUAAACUAAACCUUUGAAAGUGGAGUAAGUACAGUAAUGUUAUUUAAAUGAGCAGUGAGGUAUUCCCAUACUGAAUGUAAGCAACUACUGAUUCACUUAAAUUGAUAGCGAUGGAGAUUUAAUAAAUCCUCAGAUCAAAUACUAUUAAACAGUGUAAAUAUUUACAGCAACAAAAUGUAUUAACAAUAGAAGAAUGUGCAAAUACACAUCUGUUUUAUCUGCUUUGUAUGAAACUGAUUUUCAACAGAAUAUUGCAUGUGGGGAAGGACAAUAAGGCUAUUCUGCAGUUAUUAGAUACAAAUCAUACUCACAGCAGCAGUUUUUAAUCUAUAUAAAAUGCCAAAAGCAUAGAGACAGAAAUGUGGUGGAAAUACUGUCUGAGACUGAAGAUUCACCAUUGGAGCUGGGAAAAAUUAGAAGUAGAAUUUUUGAGGGGGGGGAAUGAAGAGAACAAAGGGUUCUGAUAGGAUGACACUCAAGAGAAUGAUGAUGAAUAGUGGUAGCAGUGACUUGUUAAUCACAGCAGGUAUAAAUAAGGGGAAAUGAUUGAGAGAGAGAAAGCCAGGACAUUUUUUUCUACAAAUGCAUUUCCAAGACUUAAUGAACUUUUGCUUGUUUGUCAUUAAGGUUCCUUAUUGUGAUGGCUCCAAUGUGCCAUAUUGUUUAAUAAGAGAGGUUUCAUUAGUACAGACCUGUUAUAACAGACCAUUUAGUUUAGACCCAAACAGUUGGCAUUUUAUGAUAUAACUGCCUGAUUCACGAAAAUGACUCCAAGAUUGAAUGGCUUGUCAUAUGAAGAGCAUUUGAUGGCUCUGGGCCUGUAUUCACUGGAAUUCAGAAGUAUGAGGGUGACCUCAUUGAAAACUAUUGAAUGGUGAAAGGCCUUGAUAGAGUGGAUGUGAAGAGGAUGUUUCCUAUGGCAGGAGGGUCUAAGACCAGAGGACACAGGAUAGAGGGGAGUCCUUUUAGAACGGAGAUGAGAAGGAAUUUAUUUAGCCAGAGAGUGGUGAAUCUGUGGAAUUCUUUGCCACAGGCAGCUGUGGAGGCCAAGUCUUUAUGUAUAUUUAAGGCAGAGGUUGAUAGAUUCUUGAUUGGUCAGGGCAUGAAGGGAUAUUGGGGUAAGGCAGGAGAUAUUCACUGAGAGGAAAAUUGGAUCAGCCAUUACUCUGGGCCAAAUGGCCUAAAUGUACUCUUGUAUCUUGUGGUCUUAUGGUGAUCCUUCAAAAUAUUUUGAAGCAUGUAUGUAUAAUCUACAGAUAAAAAUAAAGUUAUCAAAACAUUAGUUACUGAAAUAUGAGAAUUAUUUUGUGUAUUCAGUAUUGAACAUCUAGUAUUGACUGAAAAGGUUAUAAUUUCAGUUUCUAAUACUCAUCUGGCCUCCUUUCUGCACUAAAC